CAUCUUCUUCCACUCAUGAAACAUCCCCGCGUAAGAUCCGGCGUCGUUGCUACGUCAGGUAGGUUACAGGUACUAGUUCGGUAAUUGUUGCGGUGUAUGGACGGAGUAUCCCCCCACAUCAACUGGGCUUCCGGUCUAAAAUAAAGCGCGAUGGCGGCUCUUUGACAAACAAACAAACGACAACGACGGGAAGUCAGCAGGAAAUUUGAUCUCAGGAUGGCGUCCGAAUAUGACUUUGUGGUGGUUGGAGGCGGGCCGGCUGGCUGUGCACUGGCGUAUGGCCUCGUCCACUCCGCCAAAAAGCCCAAGGUUCUGCUGCUCGAGGCCGGCGGGAAGAAUACCGACCCAAACCUCCGGGUUGACGGGCAGCGCUGGCUGACCUUCACGAACAAGGACGUGAACUGGGGCUAUAAAACAACGCCCCAGACGCACUGCGACGACCGCGUGCUCGACUAUUCCCGAGGUUUCGGGCUCGGCGGAUCCAGCGCCAUCAACUUCGGCGUCUUCACCAUCGGCGCCCGCGACGACUACGAGGAGUGGGCCCGCAUCGUCGGGGACGAUGCCUUCGGCUGGGAGCCCGUCCAGGCCCGCCUCAAGCAGCUGGAGACCUUCCACUCCGCCCUUCCCGGGGGUGUGAGCAGCAAGUAUGCGGCGCCCAAGGCGUCGGACCACGGCUCGUCCGGCCCUCUGCAUGUUGGAUUCCCCAAGGAGUGCGAGGCCGACCUCGUGCCGCUGCUGGACGCCUUCGAGCAGGCCGGAUACCCGCUGAAUCCGGACCACAACUCGGGCGACCCCCUCGGCAUGUCGCUGCUGAUCAGCUCGGCAUACCAGGGAAAGCGCUCCACGGCGCACGACCUGCUGGUGCCGUGCCCCGACAACCUCACCGUCCUGACCGAGUCGCCUGUGCAGCGCGUCCUAUUGGAGGGCAAAAGGGCCGUCGGCGUGGAGUCCAACGGGAAGCGGUACCUGGCGUCCAAGGAGGUCAUCCUGACAGCGGGCGCGCUCGACACGCCACGGAUCCUGAUGCACUCGGGCAUUGGACCCAAGGAGCAGCUGGAGAAGUACAACAUCCCCGUGAUCCACCACUCCCCGGCGAUUGGGCAAGGUCUCCGGGACCACGCCUUCUGCCCGCUGGUCUACACCCGCACGGAAACCAGCACGGCGCGGGCCAGCUUCUACGGCGACCAAGCCGCCAUGGACGCCGCGCUGGAGGAGUGGAAGACGCACGGCACGGGGCCGUGGACCAAGUUCGCCACCGAGAUGGCCAUCGGCUUCCUCAAGCUACCCUCGCUCCCUUCCUCCCCGGAGUUCCAGUCCCUCCCCGCGUCCGAGCAGCGGUACCUAACCUCCCCCACAGUCCCGCACACCGAAAUCUUCACGCACUUCCCCAUCCACUGGUUCCUCCCGGGCUUCCGCAACGAGGACCUCAACUACUCGUGCAUACUGGUCUUCCUGUACAACGCGCAGUCGCGCGGCACCGUCACGCUGCAGUCGGCCGAUCCCGACGUGCCCCUGCUGUUUGAUCCCAAGUUCCUCGCGCACCCCUUCGACCGCCGCGCCGCGGUCGAGUCGCUGCGCGAGGUGCUGAAGUUCACCAGGACGGAGGCGUACGCCAGGGAUACCCUCGGCACGGUGGCCGCGCCGCCGGAAGAUGCCGAUGACGAGGCGCUGCUGGCCUACUGGAAGCAGACUAUUGGCUCGAGCUGGCAUAUGACGGGCACUGUGAAGAUGGGUAAGGCUGGGGAUGAGGAUGCUGCGGUCGAUAAGGAUUUCAAGGUCAUGGGGGUGCAGGGGUUGAGGGUGGCUGAUAUGAGCGUGGUGCCGGUCCUGGCGAGCUGCCAUGUCCAGGCUGUUGCGUAUAUCACCGGCGCCACGUGUGCGGAGAAGCUGGUGAAGGAGUAUGGGCUGGCGUAAAGAGACUUUGUCUUGCAACUGGUGUAUCUCGCCUGUUUUGGUUGCAAGGGCGCUUGCAAUUGCUUGUGACAGGCCAGCUACCUUUGUAGUUGAAUAUUAUCGAGGUCUUUGAUAGCGAGUCGAAAUACCAUUUUCACUUCCA